GGCUAAAGCGGAGAAGGCAGGCUGCAAGAGCUGCUGAUGUGCAGACCAUUCUCUAGCAGUUUUUUUUUUCGUUGAACGAGUUGUAAAGUUUUAAUCGCUGACUGGUUUUGUGUUAGAAACGCUGCUUUUUUAGGAGGAAUUAAAAAAACAAAAGAUGAAUCGUGCAGGUUCGGAAACGUGAGGAAAAGUAAGAGGAUCGAUGCAUCUUUGGAACGUGUAUUGUUUGCAAAAUACAUUUCCUGUGUUUGACAGCCAAAGAAAGAGAGGAGGAGGAGUAGAAAAAAAGAAGACUCUCGCUUUCAAAGUUAUAAUUGUGGAUAAUCACAUUUCUUUAAAAAAUAUUUUUCUUUAAAAAAUUGCUUAGAACCGGAUCUGUUUCUGAAAGUGUCCUCUUCAGUUUUGCUUCUAACUAUUUUAAAGGAAGGUUACAGUACAAAUGUGCGACUUGAUGCCAUCAACACAGCCUACCGAAAAAAUUGGCAAAAUGAAAAAACUGAGAAGAACUUUAUCGGAGAGUUUUAGCCGAAUUGCUUUCAAAAAAGAUGACAGCGGCUUUGACGAGAUAUGUGUCACAAAGAUGUCUACUCGAAAUUGUCAGGGAAUGGACUCGGUGAUCAAACACCUGGACACUAUUCCUGAAGACAAAAAGGUCAGGGUGCAAAGAACACAGAGCAGCUUUGAUCCUUUCGAGAAACCAACAAAUCAGGUGAAGAGAGUCCAUUCGGAAAAUAAUGCCUGCAUUAACUUCAAGGGCUCCUCAGCAGGGAAAGAAUCUCCAAAAGUACGGCGACAUUCAAGUCCGAGUUCGCCGACAAGCCCAAAGUUUGGGAAAGCGGACUCUUAUGAAAAACUUGAAAAAUUAGGUGAAGGCUCUUAUGCCACGGUAUACAAAGGGAAAAGCAAGGUAAAUGGGAAGCUAGUUGCACUGAAAGUGAUCAGGUUACAAGAAGAGGAAGGCACGCCGUUUACUGCAAUCAGGGAAGCCUCACUUCUGAAAGGCCUGAAACACGCCAACAUUGUGCUGCUGCAUGAUAUCAUUCACACAAAGGAAACCUUAACGCUUGUCUUUGAAUAUGUGCACACUGAUUUAUGCCAGUACAUGGAUAAACAUCCAGGGGGUCUUCAUCCUGACAAUGUAAAGUUAUUUUUAUUUCAAUUACUCCGUGGAUUGUCCUACAUCCAUCAACGUUACAUUCUGCACAGGGACCUGAAACCUCAGAACCUACUCAUAAGUGACACUGGAGAAUUAAAGCUGGCUGACUUUGGCCUCGCCAGAGCCAAGUCAGUCCCAAGUCACACCUACUCUAAUGAGGUGGUCACUCUGUGGUAUAGACCUCCAGAUGUCCUCUUGGGCUCUACAGACUAUUCCACCUGCCUUGAUAUGUGGGGUGUGGGAUGUAUCUUUGUAGAGAUGAUCCAAGGAGUCGCUGCAUUUCCCGGAAUGAAAGAUAUCCAGGAUCAACUGGAAAGAAUAUUUUUGGUUUUGGGCACACCAAGUGAAGAUACGUGGCCAGGAGUUCACUCUCUACCACACUUCAAACCAGAUCGGUUUACCCAAUACAGUUCCAAGAAACUUAGACAAGCAUGGAAUAAACUAGGUUAUGUGAAUCAUGCAGAGGAGCUUGCCUCCAAAUUUCUUCAGUGCUUCCCAAAGAACAGGCUGUCAGCUCAGGCAGCCCUGAGCCACGAGUACUUCAGUGAUCUUCCCCCUCGGCUCUGGGAGCUUCCUGACAUGUCAUCUGUAUUUACUGUUCCCAAUAUCAAGUUGCUUCCUGAAACAGAAGACAGUGUCAGGGUCUGUGGGAAAACCAACAGUAAAGGUCUGACCAACAGCAAGCACUAACAGCCUAAGGGAUCUUAUCAGGGCAGGAACAUAGAUUCAUGCUGUCGACAGUAUCAAGGAUCAUCAAGCAGCAAGAAGAAAUGUUGGAUGAUGAAAAAAUACAUUUUUCUCAUGCCAUGUUUUAGUUUCUAGCUAAAACAAGGUGGCAAACCUUUUGGCUUCCCUCCUAUGUAUCUGCAGAUGUAUUUUAUGAUUUUGACCGUCAAACCCCAAUGCGCAUGGAACUCCUCUGGCUUUUCAUUGGUCGAUUGUUGAGUUGGUUUACUAUUUUCUGGGAUGUACUUUUUUGCUGCUUUUGCUGCUCUAUCGUAAAGUGACUGACAAACUGUACUUGAGUGUCAUCAGUAGGCUUUCCCAUGACACCACCCACUGUGACAAAAGGUGUUACUUUAUGGAUGGUAUCUUUUUUUAAUUUAUUUAUUUAUUUUUUGGUUUUGUCAUUAACCAGAAUCUAAUCAUGUGAGGAAUAACCAUUGCUCCCAAUAGAGCAGCCGAAGAAAUAUCAAGGCAAUAAGAAUUUCCAUUAAGUACAGUAUAAAUGUUAAAAAAUGAGCAACAUUAUUUACACAUUAGCAAAUGAGUCAGUGUUUUUAUUUGGAGUCGGUCCAUGAGGUUUAACCAAUACUACUUUACAGCUAAUGUUUAAGAGCUGAUUUGUGUUUGAAGUCGCACAUCUUUUCAGUUAAAUUUUGUUUCCUGUGUUUAGAAAAAAUCCAUUUUAACACUUUUAUUAAAUGUGUGUUCAUAGUUGGCAUGUUUAUAUACAGUAUCAAUGCACACAGAUUAUACUGUAGGUGUACAGUAUAGAUUUAAUGCACUGCUUUUAAUAAUUGGUAAAGUACUGUUGGCAGUAAACAGUAAAACUUCUUCCCGUCAUGCCUGCAGCCUCCCAGCUGGCCAGAAGCUGCACCUCAUUCAGCCUCUGCAGGGGUGACUUUCCAUGGUAAUAAUUUUUUUUUUUUUUCACUGCCUAACUCUCCAUCAUACACACAGAAGUUGAGAUUUCAUCCUGAGAUGUUAUAUUUGAAAGCUGUAUUUUUUUGAAUUUACUAAUGUUGGGAUUUUUGCAAUUUUAUAUAGAUAAAUUGCUUAAAAAAAGCAACAUAUGCAUUUUUAAUAUUAGAAUAUUAAUUGCGUCCACAGCUGAGUUUUUGUUUUUUUAACAAAAUUAAGGAAAAAGCAAUAUGUAUUUUGCAUUACUUUAACUAAGUCCUCUUCAAUAAUUUUAUAUACUAAAUAGUUUGACCCCAUAGCCUUUGGAUUCACUUGAUAACAUUAACAGCUGAGAAAAUGCAUGGGAUUUUAUGUUUAACAUCUUCUGUUGGCAAAAGCCACUCCUGUGUUCUUUAGGCCUACUUAUGGUUCCAAAUAAUUAACGUUCAUAAAACUUAAAUUUAUGUGGAACAAUACAGCUUUUCGUCAAAUUAUUGUAUGUGUGUUUUAUACACCUUUACAAGGUCACUUUCAGUACAGUUGUUGGCAAUUCAGUGCCUUACUUUAAUUCUCAUAAGGAAAAACCAACCAAGUAAAUAUCAGAAUACAAUAGUGACAUUGUGGUGAUUGCAUUACUUUGAACAGAUUAUUUUCAUAUUCUAAAGAAAAUUUAUUACAUUUCCAUUAUAUUAUGUUUAUUUGCAUAGCUCUUUAAAUUUUUAUUUCUUUUACUAUUUCAUCUAACUGAAUGAAUGCUUCACUUUAUUUUCAUUAGGUUUGUAGUGGAAUAUACCGGUAUAAAUUAAACUAGUCAACCAUUUGUUAAACACUUCUGUUCUCAAUUAUCUAUUUAAAUGGCAAUAUAAUUAAUUUUGCAAAUAUUAUGAUGCACACUUAGCAGUGAUAUUGGACUCAUUUAAUUCAUCCUUCAGUUAUUGUACACCGCCAAGUCCUAAGCCAAGUGGCUUGGCCACAUUCUGGCAUUAUAUUGCAGAGAAAUAAGCUGUUGCAUAAUGCAAUAAUAUAGAGUAGUUGUCUAUUAGGCUAUUUCUUGGGGUAUUGCAGUUUUCUCUAAAUAAUGUUUGUGUUACAAUGGGCUGGGCCAGCACCCCAUUCUGGAUUGAUUCCUGUGGAUGCUGCCAUAAAAGGUUCCAGUUCCCACCUGCCUUGUAUUAGACUAAGGGGGUGCUGAUAAUGGAUGGAUUGGUAGAUGAAAUAUCAGCUGGAGAGCUUCCCAAUGGUGCAUUGAUCACCACUGCUGCCUCAGGUCGCGAUUUCAUUAGGAAUUGCCUGUUUAUCCCAUGUCCAUGCAGGGCUUCUCCACUACUUCCUGAUAUCUCCAACAUAUUGUUAUUUAAGUAAGUUGUGACUUGUUCAGAAUUAGUGCAUGCAAAGUUGUGCAUGUGUGAGCAUAAACUGCCAUGACCUCCCAUCCAGGGAUAAUUCAUGCUUUAUGUCCAAUGCUGUCAAACUAGAUUUCAAUUGCUUUUGGUUCUGUAUUUGAAAACAAAUACAAGUUCAGACAGCAAAUGGAUGGUUUUAUAUUGCUAGCCUCUCAAUAAAGCCAGCAUCAUUAAUAGGCUAUAAUUUGUGUUGCUUAAUACGCAAGAUUCAUUACAUAUAUCCAGAGGCUAUAGUAAAAGAAAUCAAAACAUAAACAAAAGCUUGACAUGUUUAAAAUUUAACAUCUUGGCUGGAAGGUGUAAGGUAGGUGCACAGUCAGGUGCACGGCUCAUGUCUUCCAUACAACUGGAAGAUUGCAGUCUUUGAUUCUGUUUCCAGGAUUAAAUCACCUCUUUUCCUUUUUGUGACGAGCCAAACACUAAUACAGGGUGUAAACUGAAAAUGAGAUUAUUGUUUGAAUAGAGGGAUGAAUCAGGUUGCUGUAACAAAAUGGGAGAAAAUGUAAAAAACGACUUUCUUCCUCUGUUCAGAGGAAAGAAGAGUUACAAUCUUGAAACCCUAUUUUUUUGUUUUAGUAUAGUUUAUAUGCUUCUUUACCAAAGCACUUUUAUCAAAAGAAAAAAAAAAGUUAAUACUGUACAUUCCACUUUAAAAUUAGGUCAGUGUGAACCUAAAUCAUUUUUAAAAAAGCAAUGUAUUAUUUGAAAAAUAAAGUUAUGUGGUACAAAAAUAUGUACUUUAUUCAUUACUAUUCAUCUAAUGGAUCACAUUUUAAAUGUCUUAGAGUUCAUACAUGUGAUGCUUUAAAUGGAACUCUCUUCAAAUUAAGAUUUUACUCAGCUUAAAAGCUGGGACAGUAUUAUUGCAUAUACAACAAGCACGUGUGUAUAUGUCUAUUUAUAUACUAUACAUAUAUAUAUAACAGUAGGUCCCAUAUCUUUGGGUUUCUUUUAUUCCAGAAUUUCAUCAUAUUUGCUGUUCUAGGAGAAUCUCUCAUUAUUUCAAUUACUAGGGUAAGAACUGUUAUUAAAUGACGUGAAAUUCUGUGUUUUUGUCAGUAAACUACAUGCAUUAUGAUGUCAGCGGCUCAUUUUUGUGGAGGAAUAUUUCAGAUGAAAUUAACCAAACAAAUUAAUACACAAAUCAAUAAAUGUACUGUGAAAUGUGAGAAUAAAAAUGAAAAUGAUAUAUGAGCAUAAGUUGUUAAAUGUGUAAUGAUAUAUGUGUUUUUGUUGUUUAUUUAUCUAUGUAUUUAAUUAUUACAGCAACAUACAAUUCAGCUUGAAAUUUCAUCCAUCACAGUUGAGAGGGUGGGCUCUAGUGAGUACUGCGUUUUGAUUGGUGAAUCUUCAGUGAAGCAGAUGCUCAAAGUUGUGACUGUGCACAUCUAUGGCAGAUACGAGUGCAAGAAAAGUUAACCAGAAUUAUUGUGAGAAGUGGCUACUUUAAAUUGAGAAGCUCUGAAUUCAUCACGAGGAGUCAGCAUAUAAAUGUGGCCAAUGAUAGCCGAAUAUUUACAUCCACCCUACUGAAAAUUCACCAAUCAAAACACAGUACUUUUAAAAGCCCACCCUCUCAACUUUGAUGGUGGAAAAUGGCAGCUUUUAUUUACAAGACAUAUUUCUUAUUGAAUGCAGAGUCACUGAAAACGUUUUUAAUGAAAUUAAAUUCAUACAUAAAGAAAUAAGCCACAAAAACAUAUUUCAUGAAACAUUUUUUGUAUUUAUGUUCAUAUAUAAUUGUAUUCUUAAUACUUUAUUAUCACAUUUCACAAUACAUUUAUUUAUUGGAGUAUUUUCUUCAAAAUAUUUCUCUACUGACUUUAAAGUAAAAGGUUCAAAGUGAAUAACAGUCUGAGAUUAAUAAUAUUGAUGUUGUUAAAGUAAUAUUAGGAACCCCAUGAUAUCAGAUCAUAUAUAAACACAGUCCUAUACACAAACAUGCAAAUAUAAUAAUUGUUGGGAAUUGCUUUUAAAUGCAACAUUUCCCUUUUGAGCCUAUUCACUAUAGUCUGUGCAUUCACUCAACUGUAGAAAAUGUAUGUAAAAAUCUGUGUAGUGUUUACAAAAUGUGUGUCGGUGUAUGUUUAAAUUGAUAAUGUUUCCAAUGCACACAGGUAUCUGACUUCUAAAUUUGGUAUAUUAAACCUGCCUGAGAUUUUCUGGAUAUUUAAGACGCACAAAAUUUGCAUCAUACACAUGUACCCAAAAAUGAUGUACAGGCAAGUAAAAUGUCACAACAAUAAACCGAAGCCGCUAAUACUAUGUUUAGAAAAUAGGAAACUUCACUUUGUAUCCCUUCAGACAAACUUUCUGGAGCACACAGUGGGCUUAUCUCAUUCUCCUGUCUCUCCGUGGUGUACUGCCAACACUUUCUGACCAUAAAAUCAGUAAGUGUGAGCAAAAAAAUAGUAGUGUAUUAGAUGGUAAAAAAAGGAUUUUGGGAUCAGAAAAAUAAGACAAGACCUAAAACACAUGUGGAUGUGUGUACGGCCAACAACACCAAAACCUCCUCUGUAUGAUGCAAAUGUCUCACGACUCUCUCAGUCAAAACUGGUAGCUACAAUCAUGCAAUCAUGCAGUGCACUUUAGACACAUCAUUCCAGGCAGGUUCCAAAAUUCUGUCAUGCUGGGCAAAUAAAAAUGUUCCCCAAUACAACUUUGGGUUAUCAUUAAAUUUUACUGACAAGCUAGUGCAAAAUCUCAGUUAUACUGAAAAAUAUCAAAUAAUUUAAAUGGUUGUAUAAAAUUUGCUUAAUGAUAGGUGACCAGACGUCCCUUUUGUCCAGGGCAGUCCCAUUUUCGGGCUCCUGUUUAAUAAAUGAAAUAUAACCAAAUGUCCCGUUUUUAACAGACCAACUAACUAUAUGAACAAGCACGAAACUCCAAGGGGACUCCACACCACCACCUCUUUGCUCAUCGUUUUAAUAUACGCUUAACAAUGCACUUGAAACUCCAAGGGAGACCUAAUUGCUGUUUAAUCACAGGAUUAAUAAGUUGUGUCCCAGCUUGGGACUUUGAAAAUCAGGUCACCCUUCUUAAUGCUGUAUAUGACUCAAUUAGACACUUCACCUGCAGCAUAAAUCCAGGAACUUGUAAGCCAGGUGAUGUGGAGAUUUAGCUGGUGUGCCAUUUUAGGCUUCAGGGUUUCUGUGCAGACAUCGGUACAGCGUAUACAGUGCCUUGAAAAAGAGCAGCAUGUGCAAACUUGACAGACACUCCAAGAGACGUAAAGCUUUUUGUAGUGAUGCGUGCUUCCACCAAAUAUUAAAGUUUGCACACAGAAUAUUUAUGUAAGAAAACUGGUUUUUAUUAUUAAUAUUUGCUGCCUUUACGGCCUUAUACAUUUUAAGCAUAAACAUACUACAUUCUUAAUAUGGUUUUCUAUGAUCUUAAACACAAAACUUGCAUAGCAAAAGCUUCAUAUUUUGUCAUCACUUUCAUAAAAUUUGUUGGACUUGUACUUUUGAAAUAACUAAUAAUAUAAAACUAAUUUAACCAAAAAGUCUGAAAAUGUGAGAUUUAAGUAUCUGAACCAAAUCGGCAAUAUGUCAUUUUAACCAGCAAAAUUUGAAAACUUUUGCAAGGCACUGUAUGGAUGCACACAUACAUUUUUUUGCACAUUGCAGGUUUAGAAAUACGUGUUUCCACCUCAUUAUUCUUUGAAUUAAUAAAACACAUAUCAUUAAAAUUUAUAGUCACAUAAAAACUGAGAUAUUGUGCCAUCUCUAGAGGAUGAUUUUGUUUUGCUUGGUAAAUGAUGGGAUUUCAAGAUAUAAUGAGUAUAACGGAUGCAUCCAAAAUAUUAUGCAUUAGAAAAUGCAAAUAAUAAGUUGAGGUGGUCAUGGUGACAUAAUCAUACACGUCAUAGCGUUUAGUGUUCACUGCCCCAUUACAGCUCAUUAUUUUACCAUCCUUUGCACGAUAGAUGAUGGUACUUUUUUUCUAAUCAGGUGACGUCAACACAUUUUUCUUAUUUUACACAUAACCAUACUGUUGACCAAUUCAUUUUAAUCCCAUUGAAGAUGAUCUUAUUGUCUCUGUGAAUAUGCGUUUCCAAAUGUUUUCCAUUUGAAAGGCUUUCUAAAUAUGAAGGAAGAGUAAUAAAACUAUGGAGUGGCUGUAUUAUUGCACAUUAGCACUGUGACAGUUAUGACACGUUACUGAAAGUAUAAUUGAUGAUUUUUCUUUCGAUUUCUUUAGAAAACUUUUACAAAAAGAUAUUUAAAGCAAUCACUCCUGUGAUUUAUAAAGUUGUUUGACAUGUUAUGGAAUGUGAUGUCAGUAAUAUGUUAUUCUUGUAUACUUAUGUUUAUCUGUGAAUAUUUAAACAUUUUGUAACCUUUGUUAUAUACUAUUAAAGCUGUAUAUAUAAAGGGGGUGUCAGUUCCCCAUUAAUCUGCAUACUGGUAAUGCUUUAGGAUGUCGCAUUUUGGGUUAUGAAUGUCCUCCUCUCAUCAUCAAGUUUUGAAAAUUAAGAGGAGAACACCAUAGGACUUUAUGGCCUUAUACUGUACAUUUUAGGCAUAAACGUACUCGAUAGGAAGGCGGACGUUCUUAUUAUGCUUUCCUGUGAUCUUAAACACAAAAUCUGCAUAAUGAAAGCUUCAUAUUUUGUCAUCUCUUUUAUAUAAUGCGCUGAAAUGCAUACUUUUGAAAAGUGGUUAGAAAGCAUUAAAAAAGUGGUGGUGCAAUGCAAGACCAAUACACUUUAUAAAGUCUUUAGAGUAUAGUACGAUAGCAUAAAUGUUGCAUUAUUUGUUACAAUCUAUAUGUAGUGUAAUUAUGGAAGAUGUAAUGUCCUUCUGUAUCUGUUGUUUAUUGUUACAUAAGAAUAAAGUCUCUUAAUGCCUUGGA